AUGUUGAGAAAUUUAUCUGCAACACUCGAAUCUUCUAGAAAGAUCCUAACUUCACCUCCGUCUAAAUGGCGGAUUCAACCUCCUCCCUCUCUCUACUCCACCGCCUCCUCCGAUCCACGCGACACCCCGCCUAAGCUUCUAGUGGUUCAGCCUCGUCUCCGUUCCGAAAAGCUCUUACAAGCGAAGCUCAACGAAGCACUAUGUCUCGCUAAUUCACUUGAAGACCAACGUGAUGGUUAUUUCCAUACUGAUUUCUUUGACAAGCCUUUACCUCCUCAUGUGCUUGUCCAGAAUCCUUCGCUUAAAGGCCAUAAGCCUCGUGCAGAUACUUAUUUUGGACCUGGAACGGUUGAUACUAUCAAGUGCCAUCUGAAUGCUGUAGAAACAAAGGGUGAAGUGGAUGCCGUUUUUGUUAAUGCAACUCUGUCUGGUAUUCAGCUUCGAAAUAUGGAGAGGGCUUGGAGUAAACCUGUGGUGGAUCGUGUUGGUCUUAUAAUUGAGAUUUUCAAUGCUCAUGCAUACACUAAGGAAGCCAGGCUUCAGGCUGAACUUGCAGCUCUGUCAUACAAGAAGUCGAGACUCGUUCGUGUUCUUGGCCCUGGUGGUCGCUACACAUUUGGUGCUUCUGGAGAAGCUGAAGUUGUUAGUGCUCGAGGGAGAGGAAGUGGGGGCCAAGGUUUUAUGAGCGGGGCUGGAGAAACUGAACUUCAGCUUCAGCGACGAAGAGUCUUAGAAAGGAGAAAUUAUCUGCUAACGCAAAUUGAUGAGGUUCGUCGUACCCGUGCUGUGCAACGUGCUGGUCGGAAGAGGCAAGGGGGUUCGUCUGGACAUCGCUUAGCCACCGUUGCUGUUGUUGGGUAUACAAAUGCUGGAAAAUCUACGUUAGUUAGUAAUCUAACGGACAGUGAUCUGUAUAGCGAUUGUCGACUAUUUGCUACAGUCGAUCCUAGGUUAAGAAGUGCAGCUCUUCCUUCAGGGAGGAAAGUGCUUUUUAGCGACACUGUAGGAUUUAUAUCUGAUUUGCCUGUUCAGUUAGUGGAAGCAUUUCAUGCAACUUUAGAAGAAGUGGUGGAAGCAGACCUACUUGUGCAUGUCGUGGAUUCUACUGCUCCCAAUCUUGACGAGCAUCGCACAACAGUGUUACAAGUUCUUCAACAAAUAGGGGUGUCACAAGAGAAGCUUCAAAAUAUGAUUGAAGUUUGGAAUAAGAUUGAUGCUGAAGAAGAGUGUAUGGAUGAUGAUGAAUAUCUUGAUGAAGAUGAAGAGGCUGAUGAAACUAGCAACCUUGAUGGAGAAGAGGAUAUGAAUACUGAGACAUUAAUGAAAACUGAAGUAGUCAAUGAGAAGUCACUGUGUGAGUCUGAUGUCAUUGAAGAAAAAGAAGACUAUUCCAAUGAUUGGUUGUAUGAGGACGAUACAAUGGUUAAGGAAGGUGAUUUUUGUUCUCCUUCCUCUGUGGCUGACGAACAGAACGAGGCCUCUAAUAAAGACAAUGGUGUGGAAAAUGUUGGCGCCAUGCUACCUUCUGGCCCACAUGUGAAAACAUCUGCCAUCACAGGUGUUGGUUUGCAAGAGUUGAUGGAACUAAUAGAUAAGAAACUAAGUGAACAGGAUAAGAAAUUGAAGGGUGCACAAGUUGUUGAAAGAAAUGUAUUUGAUAGAAAAUGGAGGCCCUCAUAUACACAAGAUUCUAGCAUUGUAGUAGAAAAUUAG